AGAAGUAGCACACCACAUAAACAAACUCUCAUUUUUAUGGCAAAAAGACUUGAAAUUGCUAAGCUACCAUCGAACUUUCCAUCUCACUUUCUCUGCAUACUGCAAAUGGCAAGCUUUUCUUUCUCCUCCCCUUCUCUCUCCUCAGCAACAGUCAAACAUUUGUUGUGCUUGCUUGCUGCCACAGUACUGGAAUAAUUUUGCACAAGAACAAAUAACCUCGAGGUUCUUGUUCUUGAAGAAGAAAUGGAGAUGGAGCAAAUGGAUUCUUUCUCCGAGAACAAAGAAAAGAUUUUCAAGAAAGCCCACAAAAUCACUCUUCUUUGUGAUGCUGAGGUCUCAAUCAUCUUGCUCAACAGCGACAACUUCUAUGAAUACACCAGCCCCACUUCCUCGUUGAAGAAACUCAUUGAUCAAUACCAGAGCAGAGUGGGUGUUGAUAUCUGGAGUGGACAUUAUGAGAAAAUGCAAGAAGAGUUGAGAAGAUUGAAAGAUGUGAACACUACACUUACAAGAGAGAUCAUGCAGAGAAAAGGUGGAGAGCUUGAUGAUCUGAAUAUGAGGCAACUAUGCAAUCUUGAGGAACAAAUGGAUCUUGCUUUCAGGAACAUACAAGAGCGAAAGUACCGACAGAUCCAAAUGCGUAUUGAGGUCUGCAAAAAAAAGAUCAGAAAUUUGGAAGAUAUGCAAAAACAUCUACGAGACCACUUGGAGGAGGAGUACGAGCGUCGGCAGGUGGGGAGAGUGGUGGACAAGGAUGGCUUCGACUCUGCUGCUGCGUUUGCAGGCAGAGUUCGUCGCCCUAACCCCGGCCCCGCCGCUCCUCUGCAACUGCCUCGAAUAGAUGAAGGCGAGAAUAGCUGCAUUACAACUAUGGAGAUUGAGGAUUCUGAUUAGCAUUAGGAUUUAUUAAUGAUGUUCCACUUCUUAUUAAUUUCCGUUGCUUCAGAUUGUUUGGAGCUUUGUCUCAACUCUUUCGAGUCUUGAUCUUCUGACUUUUAACCUUUUUUUUUGGUUCGGAAUCUCUGUUUUUUUUGCAUGUCUAAUAUAUUCUGAUUUUUAACGUAUUA